UUGACCAAUCGUCGACGAGGCGCGGGCACCACGGGCAACUCGUCGAAAAGAGUUGGACUGCCUGUCAUUGCGCUAAACCUUUCAACGUCAACAAUGGCAGAGUGGAACGCCUACUUCCGGAAUGACGAUGACGGUGUAGCACAGGAGGAGGGAGAGCAACCACAAGAUUACAAAAUCACAGGGAGAAACUGUUUAAUUUUCUUGGUGGAUGCGUCAAAGGAAAUGUUCAUCAAAGGAGAGGAUGGCGAGCUGUCAAAUUUUGACAUGACCAUGCAAGUGGUACGCAGCGUGUACACCAGGAAGAUCAUAAGCAGUCCCGGAGACCUUGUAGCAUUGGUUUUCUACGGCACCAAGCAGAGCAAAGACCCUACCAACUCUUUCAAGCAUGUCUACGUGUACCACAGCCUGAGUGAACUUGGUGCAAAGCAAGUGCAGCAAGUCGACGCACUACGGGGGGAAAAGGGUGCGCUGUUGGCAGCGGAGACCAUGGGCAGUGACGAAACAUCAUUGUGCGACGCACUGUGGUGUUGUGCCAAUCUGUACCGGGACUGCAAGCUCCAACUGGGGCACAAACUCCUUCUCGUCUUUACCUGCAGGGAUCAACCACACGGGGGCGAUAGUCCCAAAGAUCGACUGGCUCGCACACAAGCCAGCGACCUCAGAGAAACUGGUGUUGUCAUAGAGCUAAUGCACCUGAUGAAAGCAGGCGGCUUCGACGUCUCCCUCUUCUUCCGUGAUGUCGUAACACCGCCGGAGGAUGAGAGUGAACUGGGCUUGCAGCUUGAGCCUUGUGAAAAACUGGAAGACCUCCAGAAGAGGGUGCGGGCCAAGGAGCUGAGGAAGAGAGCGAUGACCCGGCUCAAUCUGUGUCUCGGUGAGGGCGUGAGUGUCGCCGUUGGAAUGUACUCCAUUGCAGUGACUGCUCGAAAACCAAGCACCAUCAGGCUGUACAGGAAAAGUAACGAGCCGGUCCGCAGCAAAACCCGCACCUUCCAUACACAAACAGGAAGCCUGCUGCUGCCCAGUGAGAUAAAGAAAGCCCAGGUGUAUGGUAACAAGCAGAUAGUGAUGGAGAGAGAAGAGGUGGAUGCCAUCAAGAAGUUUGACGAUCCCGGUUUGUUUUUGAUCGGAUUCAAAGCGAUGGAAAAGCUCAAAGUGUACCACCAUAUUCGUCCCGCUGUCUUCCUCUAUCCCGAGGAGGGCGAGGUGAAAGGAAGCUCCUGUCUGUUCUCAGCACUGUUGACAAAGUGCAUCGAGAGGAACGUCUUUGCUCUGUGUCGCUGCAUUUCCCGCAGAAAUUACCCGCCUCGAUUUGUUGCCUUGGUGCCUCAGAAAGAGGAGGUGGACGAGGGGAAGGUACAGACGACGCCACCAGGUUUUAAUGUCAUCUACCUGCCGUUUGCUGAUGAUUUGCGGAAUCUGGAUCCCCCGCAGGCUCCGUGUGCUUCACAAACGCAAGUGGACAAGAUGAGGGAGAUUGUACAUAAGCUAAGGUUCAAGUACAGGAGUGAGGCAUUUGAGAAUCCUGUCCUCCAGCAACACUUCAGGAACUUGGAGGCCUUGGCUCUGGGUAUGAUGGCUCCAGACGACAUAGAGGACCUCAUCAUGCCAAAAGUGGACCAGAUUGACCGCCGUCUGGGUCCUCUGGUCCAGGAUUUUAAAGAUCUUGUCUACCCUGCAGACUAUAACCCGGACACCAAACCAGGCGCCAAACGCAAAGCGGCAGAUGCUGGCGGGACAGCAGAGAAGAAGCCCAAAGUGGAGGUAUCGGAAGAUGAGCUGAGAGCCCACAUACAGAAAGGUACUCUGGGAAAGAUGACUGUGGCACUGCUCAAGGAGGCCUGCAAGCAGUUUGGCAUUCGGACCACUGGCACCAAGAAGCAGGAGCUGAUGGAUGCUCUGAUUAAGCAACUGGCCGCAUGUGACUCUAGAUAGUGACCAACUGUGCUCAUUUUCGUCGUUCAAGUUAUGCUUGAUAGUGGCUGUAAAUGUCAUUUUGGAGACUCGUGACCAAUCAUUUGAAAUGACUGAAAUAGCUUUCCAGUGUCAUUAAAACAUCCUUAUUUGUUUGCUAGGACUACACUUGAGGCUGGAAUGUCAAUGCUGAUAUCUCUGUAAUCUGUGUCUUUAUGCUACAGUAACGCAGCCUCAUUUAAAAUAUAUAUAUAUAUUUAUAUAUAUAUCUGCGUGCAUUGGCAUGUGAUCUAAACUACUUCAUUUGCAAAAAUAAAACUUUGAAUAAC